AUGGACUUGAAAAGCCUCGUUAAUGAAGAGCCAAGUUCUACCAGCAACAAGAAACUCGAAGAUGAAAUUUUCACCAAGACCCCUUUAUGCUCUUCCAGGAGGAAAGCCUUUCAGCAGUUUCGACCAACCAUUGAGGCACUGACUUGGGGGUGUCUGGUGAUUAAAACACUCCUGCACCGACACCCCUACGUGAAAAAGCCUGAUGCAUUCAUUUUCUUUAAAGAUUUGCUGAUCCCACAAGCUCUUGAUACAAAUUCAGUGAAGCUAGAAAUGCAAAGUGAUGAGGAAUGUGACAGGAAGGCCCUGAGUCAGGAAGAUGAGAUCAGGGCUCAUGAUGAAGGAAGCAGCCUGGAAGAGCCCUUCACUGAGAGUAACGAGAUGGCGGAUAACAGAAAGAUCCAGGAGCUAUCGAGCGAGGGAGGAAUCCGGCUUCCGAAUGGUAAACUGAAAUGUGACGUCUGUGGCAUGGUUUGCAUUGGGCCCAAUGUGCUAAUGGUACAUAAAAGGAGCCACACUGGUGAACGCCCCUUCCACUGUAACCAAUGUGGAGCUUCUUUUACCCAAAAGGGGAACCUGCUGAGGCACAUCAAGUUGCACUCUGGGGAGAAACCGUUCAAAUGUCCCUUCUGCAGCUACGCCUGCCGACGGAGGGACGCCCUCACAGGACACCUCAGGACGCACUCUGUGGGGAAGCCUCACAAGUGCAACUACUGCGGCCGAAGUUACAAGCAGCGCAGUUCGCUGGAGGAGCACAAAGAACGCUGCCACAACUAUCUGCAGAAUGUCAGUAUGGAGGCUGCUGGGCAGGUCAUGAGUCACCACGUACCUCCUAUGGAAGAUUGUAAGGAACAAGAGCCUGUGAUGGACAACAAUAUUUCUCUGGUGCCUUUUGAGAGACCUGCUGUUAUAGAGAAGCUGACAAGCAACAUGGGAAAGCGUAAAAGCUCCACCCCACAGAAGUUUGUGGGUGAAAAGCUCAUGAGAUUUGGCUAUCCAGAUAUUCCCUUUGAUAUGAACCUAACCUAUGAGAAGGAGGCUGAGCUGAUGCAGUCUCACAUGAUGGACCAAGCCAUCAACAAUGCAAUCACCUACCUUGGAGCUGAGGCACUUCACCCCCUGAUGCAGCACAAACCAAGCACAAUUGCAGAGGUGGCCCCGGUCAUCAGCUCAGCUUACGCUCAGGUCUAUCAUCCUAACAGGAUAGAAAGGCCCAUUAGCAGGGAAACGGCUGACAGUCACGAGAACAACAUGGAUGGCCCAAUCUCCCUCAUCAGACCAAAGAGUCAAACCCAGGAUAGAGAGGGCUCACCCAGCAAUAGCUGCCUGGAUUCUACUGACUCAGAGAGCAGCCACGAAGACCGUCAGUCCUACCAAGGAAACUCUGCCUUAAAUCCCAAGAGGAAGCCAAGCCCGGCUUAUAUGAAGGAGGACGCCAAGGCUUUGGAUGCCACAAAAGCUUCUAAGGGCUCUUUAAAGGAUAUCUACAAGGUCAUCAACGGAGAAGGGGAGCAGAUUAGGGCUUUCAAGUGUGAGCACUGUCGUGUCCUUUUCCUGGACCAUGUCAUGUACACUAUCCACAUGGGCUGCCAUGGCUACCGGGACCCACUAGAGUGCAACAUCUGUGGCUACCGAAGCCAGGACCGCUAUGAGUUCUCGUCGCACAUAGUCCGAGGGGAGCACACAUUCCAUUAGGCCUUCUCAUCCAAAGGGGACUUGUAUGAAGUAGAAGAACUGCACAUGAAGAAAUACUGCACUUACAAUCCUACUUUUCCUCAGACGUUGGGACGCCUAUUUUGUUGUUGUUGCUGUUGUUGUUGUUGUUGCUGUUGUUUAAUUAUUAUUAUUAACCUUGUUUUUUGUGGACCUAACCUCAUUUGCUCUGCCCAGCUUAUAAAUGGAAAGAAGGAAGGGAAGGGAUAUAAGAGGGGUUUGUUGUUGCCACCAUUUUUUGAUGAUUGACCCUCCUCGCUUUCUGUGGGAAUUG